AUGGCACGUAGGGAGAGAAAUACGGAGUCGUAUGGGAGUUGUAGUGGUUUUCACGCGCUACCGGAGGGAUGUAUAGCCAACGUGCUGUCGUUGACGAGCCCGAAGGACGCAUGUCGACUGUCGUCUGUAUCCCCCAUGUUCAAUUCAGCUGCUGGAUCCGAUACGGUUUGGGAGCGGUUUUUGCCUUCUGAUUAUCGCGAUAUUAUCUCCCGCUCAAUUGACGGUGCUGAUCCGUUUCUCUCUAAGAAAGAGCUCUAUUUCCACCUCUGUCAAGUCCCUAUCCUCAUCGACAGUGGCACCAAGAGCUUUUUUUUGGACAAAGAGACGGGAAAGAAGUGCUUUAUGCUGGCUGCAAGGGAUCUCUUUAUUGAGGGGGGUGAUAGACCUGAAUAUUGGGAAUGGAUCUCUAUUGCUAAGUCCAGAUUCCGUGAGGUGGCAAAGCUCAAUUGGAUUCAUAGGUUUGAAGUUCGUGGCAAGAUAAAAUGUAGCAUGCUAUCUUCAGGAACAAAAUAUUCAGCUUACAUUAUUUACACUUGUAAUUCAAGAUUUCAAGGAUUUUAUUAUGAACCUGCUGAAUCUUUGGUGGGAAUUAGUGGGCAUGAUGGUCAAAAACGAACUGUUUGUUUCGAUCCAAGAGGAGCAAUGUACAAUCGUACUAGAUAUAGACGGCGGCAUGGCAGUGUGCCCAUAGAUCACAAUACCGAGUACCCCAAGUUGAGGGCAGAUGGAUGGAUGGAAGUUGAGUUGGGGGAGUUUUUGGUGGAGGGAGAACAAGAUUGCAAUAUGGAAAUAAAUUUGAUGCAUGUGGAGGGUGGAAACUGUAUGAAGGGUAUCAUGAUUCAAGGGAUUGAGAUCAGACCAAAAUCUGGGUGA